AAUAGCAUGUGUGUGAAGUGGGCAAAACUGCUGCUGGGAGGAUUAUGUCAAAUGACUAAAAUGCAAAGGUAAACCGUAUGUGGGCUGGAUAACGUGUUUUGUCGUCUUUGAGUGUAACGCUGUGCAUUAAAGAUAAAGGAUGAAGGUGGCAGUGGAAGGCUGUUGUCACGGAGAGCUGGACAAGAUCUAUGAGAGCAUCAGUUACCUGGAGAAUAAAGAGGGUGUGAAGGUGGAUCUGCUGCUCUGCUGCGGAGACUUCCAGGCUGUCAGAAAUGAGGGAGACAUGAAGUGCAUGGCGGUGCCUGCCAAAUACAGACACAUGCAGACUUUCUACAAGUACUACUCUGGUGAAAAAAAGGCUCCUGUCCUGACGAUUUUCAUUGGUGGAAAUCACGAGGCAUCAAACCAUCUACAAGAGCUUCCAUAUGGAGGCUGGGUGGCUCCUAACAUCUAUUAUUUGGGUUAUGCGGGGGUCAUACGCUAUAAAGGUGUUCGGAUUGGUGGUCUUUCUGGAAUAUUUAAAUCCCAUGAUUUCAAGAAAGGACACUUUGAAUUCCCACCAUACAACCCAGAAACCCUGCGCAGUGUGUACCACAUAAGGAAUAUUGAUGUCUUCAAGCUUAAACAGAUCAAGAUGCCCAUAGACAUCUUCAUGACACAUGAUUGGCCACGAGGAAUUUAUCACUACGGAAACACAAAUGCUCUUCUGCGCCAGAAGAAGUUCCUCAGACAGGAGGUGGAGAGCAGUACAUUGGGCAGCCCUGCAGCAGCUGAUCUUCUAGAGCACCUGCAGCCCAGCUACUGGUUCUCAGCUCACCUGCAUGUUAAGUUUGCUGCAUUGAUGCAGCACGAGGCUAAGAAUAACGCUGCUCCAAAGAUCACCAAGUUUCUCUCUCUUGACAAAUGUCUGCCUCACAGAGACUUCCUUCAGAUUGUGGAAGUAGCAGACAGACCGGGCUCCUCUGAGCAGCUUGAAUAUGAUCCAGAGUGGCUGGCCAUCUUGAAGGCAACAGACAACCUUCAAAAACCAACCUGCAAUUUCUGGAACCCUCCACAGGAUAAUGGACUACACAGCAGGUGGGAUUUCAGUGCAUCAGAGGAGGCCAUGAUGGAGGUUGUGAGUGAUUUAAGCGGUGAUCUCUGCAUCCCUGAAAAUUUCAGCCUGACCGUGCCUGCCUAUGACCCCAGCCAACCUCAACCCCAUGCCCUUCCAGCCUACUCCACCAACCCUCAAACCACAGAGCUGUGUGCCACUCUCAGCCUGACAGACAUCUAUAUCCUGGCUGGGCAGAGCAGGAUGACCUAUGGGGAGCAAGGGGGCAAAGGAGCGACUGAAGAAGAGGAUGAGGAGGACAGCACAGGCAGCGCAGACGAACCCAGCGACUUCCCAAGUGACACUUCUGGUCUCUCCAGCUCCUACAACCCUGAUGAAAUCACCAUUGAGGAUGAAUGGGAAGAGGAGGAAGAUGUGGGAGUGGGAUGUGGGGAGGGGAAAGGUAUGGAUGCGGUGGUUCCAGAAGGCCAGGUGGGAAGUCAGGACAGUGAUAGAGACAGCAGCCCUCAGCGAGAGACGGCUAAUAGACUGAUCUUACCUGCCCCGUGUGCCAAACCAGCGACGGAGGCUCCGCUGCACUCUUUACCACGUCUUUCUCUUCCCCCUCCUUUAGCAUGUGUUUCUCAGGGCAGCUCAGAGGAGGAGGGGAGCUUCACAGCGGCCAGAGUCCCCAAACGCACAAGCGGAGAGACGACACAGAGCUCAGCAGGUCAGACGGGCGGCACACCUCAAAUCAAACGCAGAAACCAGAGCAUCUACACCGCAGUCGAGGAUGAAGAGAGCGACAGCUAAAUUAAUGAUGGAAAGUUUUACAGCAGCAAAUCCCACACUGCAUACACUCUUUAUUAUUAUUCUUGUUUUGCUGUCUUCAGGAAUGUCAGAGAGCUGCUUUUUUUCAUCUGUGUAAAGUAACAUCACAACCAUUUGUGAGUUUUUAUCUCGUAUUUGUCCGUUUUUCCCCCUUUGUGAUUGGUUUUAAUUCAAUUUUUCUAUUUUGUUAGUAAAUUGUCUCACUCAGCUUUGAUUUUUAUUAGUUUUGU